AUGAUUGCGUUGCACUGUGCGUCUCAGCAGCUGGUGAGUUGUUUUUAUUUUUUUGGGUCCAGUUGCAUGUUGCUUUACGCCUGCAAAAGCUGCCAUAACCAUCCUCAAUAACUUGCCAAUAUGACAUACUUGCGUGUGAUCUAAAUUAUACACUGCAACUCGUUUAUACUGAGUGGUAAUCGUAAGUGUAAGUUUGUGUUUAUGUAGCAUAGCUUCUACUGCUAAGGAAACGUUUCAGCGGGCUGUUACCGUUGAGGCAGGGAACUUUAGUCGUUACCAUCUCAUCUGUAUAUAGAACAGUUGGAUGAAACGGUUGUGUUGUGCGUGCUACUUUAACGAUUGCGUGAUAUGUCUAGUGUGAACACUAAAAAGUAGGUCGUUGAACAUAGGCAAAAUAGGGUCCGUGGCGAAGGGUCUUUCAGCCAAAUAGCCAAUGCAACUAGCAUGACGUUCCACUGCGCUUUCUAUUUUCAUAUUUUACGCGGAUACAUCGACGCUUCUCCUUUUCCUAUUGACGGUGGCUGAAUUUUUACACCAGUCGCUGUGUUGAAUACUCCGUGCGUUUCAUCCAAAGUGUUGUCGUGCGUGAUUCUAGUGAUGUGCAUUUCCACCAUCACUGGCUCUGAAUCAUUGCGCUGCUGGGUGAUGUAGAUAAACAAACGGGUAUGUAUGACUGAUUAAUAGUGUAUUGAGCUAUUCUUUUCGAUUAGUUCUCCACUCAAUCCUGGUUGUCUGUUUAUUUUUUUGCAGAACACCAUGGAGCUUCUAGAGGAGGACCUCACCUGCCCAAUUUGCUGCUGUCUCUUUGAGGACCCCCGAGUUCUGCCAUGCUCGCACAGCUUCUGCAAGAAGUGCUUGGAGGGGAUUCUGGAGGGGAACAACCGAGGACCCGUUUGGAGACCCCCAUUCAAAUGCCCCAGUUGCCGCAAGGAGACCCCUCAAAAUGGCAUAAACACCCUCCAGAUCAACUACUCGUUACGCGGAAUUGUGGAGAAAUACAACAAGAUCAGAGUUUUACCCAGGAUGGCCCUGUGCAAACACCACAGUGGUCAACCGCUUAAUAUAUUUUGUGCCACAGACUUGAAACUUAUUUGUGGAUUUUGCGCAACAACUGGCGACCAUAAAGGACAUCAAUUCUGUGCCCUGGAAGACGCAUAUGAGCAGGAGAAAGCUGCAUUUGAGGAGCUGUUCCAGGGAGUCCAGAGCUGGCGCAGAGCAGAUACCCUAACCUGCCUGGAGACACUGGAAGCCAGUAAGAAAAAGGCACUCCAGUUGGUUUCCAGGGAUGCAGAGAAAGUAACAGACUAUUUCGUCAAACUGAUCAGCACCCUGGACCACAAAAAGAACGAGAUCCUCUCUGAUUUCGAGACGCUGAAGUUGGUGGUAAUGCAAGCCUACGACCCCGAGAUCAACAAACUAAGCGCUGCAUUGGAGGAGCAGAGGCGCGCGCUCAGCAUCGCUGAGUCCUUCAGGAAUGUGACCGACCCCCUCUGCUUCCUCCAGCAGAUGCAGGAGUUCAGGGAGAGGUUGCGCGUUGUCUGGGAAACGCCGCUCCCCUCCCAGAGAGACAUGGACGUCGGUCCCCUGGUCCGGAACUUCGACGUCAAAAACUGGGACUCAGUGAAGCUCAAAGAUGUGGACAAGCUCUCGGUCCCCCACGAGAGUAGCGCGUAUAGCUCAACGACCCGGCGUGUCGGCGGCAGAACACUGGGGAGAGUCAUCAUGAUUGUUGUGUGCCUGUUACUAUGCGUCCUGGUGCUUCUGCAGCCGGACAGCCUGACCACGGUGUCAGCCCAAGUCUCCUCGCUCUGCCAUGCCUACCUGCCCGUGCUGGCUGGCUGGCUGGAGCUGGCUACCGGUGCGUGGCAGUGCUGGAGAGAAGUAGUGGAUGCCUGCGUUUGCCUGGUGGGUUCGUGGCUGAAAUGUAUCCUGACCCUCUUUCACACAACUGGCGUUUUUCUUGAAUGCCUCAUAAACACAACGGGCGAAUUUCUUGGACGUCGUAGGUUGCUUUAG